AUGAAAGUUUUGCAAGUUUUAUUUUUGCUCGCUGCUUCUCAAAACGGCAAGAAGAAGAAAAACAAGAAAAAUAAGAACACACCGGAUUCAACCGUAAUCCAUCCGAAUUACUGCGACUACUUCGAUCUUGACUGCGAAGCCAUGGACGAUUCGGCUGAGAAUAGAAUUCAGCGACAGAUUUGCUGCGAAGGAUACAAUGUAACGACAACUGCCGUACCCACAACUAAAAAGCCGACAACCAUAACAACGAAAAGGACAACCAAAGAACCGACAAAACGGCCCUGGAGUGAUCGAUUAACCUGCUUUCACUGCGAUGCCAAAAACAUGGACGAAUGCAUGGCGACGGGGUACUACAAAGAAUGCGAUUACAACGAACAGUCUUGCAUGAUUGAAGCGAGGCAUCGUGGAGGACGCACGGAGCAAGUGCGAAUGCUCUGCAAACAACCCCUCGCCUGCCAAAACAACAAGGCCCAAAACUUCGGCCGAAAUCGUCAGUGCCGACCAGAAUCAAAACGAAACAACCCCCAGCCUUCUGUCUGCCGCCAGUGCUGCUACGAAUCUGGGUGUACCGAUUUUUUCAACCCGUUGAGUUCAUCCGCCUGGAGAAAAGCGUAUCGAAAGCGAUAUCAAUAA